AAGUGACUGAUCUGGUUUUGGCAUGCGGCACACCGCUCGUCUCGCUCUCACUCUUCUCCCCUGCUCGCUCUCCCUUACACGAUUGCCGUCGGACAACGACGACGAGCAAUUGCAGGUGAGUUGAGCAAAACGCGUUCACUCACUCAUUACUCACCGAGCAGCUCGCGCACGUAACGCACGUCUGUGGUUUGGUCCGUUUGGUGCUGUUUGGAGCGUUCGCACGCUUAUUCCCGUCGCCGUAAUUCGGAACGAUCGCGUAAAAUCGUGUACUUUCUACGGUGAUUCGUUUGAGAUUGGUUUCAAGUGUUGAACUUAAGAAAUCAAGCCGUGAAUUAAUUUUCCGGUGAAGUGAAUUAAAAAAGAGGUGUAAGAAUUUUAUAUCCAAAAAAGUUAACAGAGAAAGUGAACGAGCUCGAGUUGAGUUGGGCAAGUUGAGCUGUGUCCCCAAGAUGGAUGUCUCUAAUGUAGUACGGGAGCUUUGGGUGAAUCAAUGAGGAAGUCCUCAUCCACCGGUUGGGAGAUUAGUGUUUUCGAAAUCGUUUAAGUGCUGCAAGUGAAAUUUAAAACUUCAAAAGGAAGAGCUAGUAAGAAAAAAAGUGACAAAAUCGUUCGUUAAAAGUGGUGAAAGUUUUGUGCAAAAAUAAAAAUUACAUUCAAAGUAAAUAAAUCGAAUGAUUGCGGGUGUGAUUUUGGUGUAGAUAGUAAGUAACGGAAGGGGUGUCCUUUAUUCGGCAGGAGUGCCCUUAAAAGUGUGUGCUAAGAAACCUCAAGUUUAGCAUAAGAGUAUAGCGCAUAUGCAGUUCAGUUGAACUUAAAGUCGAGUUGAGAAGGAAUUCAGUCAACACCACACAACCACCAUGGAGUCGGACGGAGAGCGUGAUACCGGCUACAACCAUUACAAUUCUCCUCAGCAUCAAUCGCAACAGAGCUACCACCGGAACUACGAGGACUAUGUCCAUCCGAUGCAACAGCAGCAACAGCAGCAGCAGCAGCAACAGCAACACAAUCCAGCGGCCAGUUCGCCUCUCUCUACUCUCUCCCAGCACGGUAGCAUGUUGGCCCCGCAGAGUCCCAGCAUGCUCGGCGGAAGCAAUGGCAUGAUGCCCUCGCCGCUAAUGCAGUCCCACUCACCGCUGCUCUCGUCCAACGCUUCCCUGCUGCAAUCACAAUCCCCGCUGCUGUCCAGUUCGCCGCUCAUGAGCCAGUACAGCCCGUACCACCAUCAGGACGUACCGAUGCCGACCAUUCUGCCCCAGGACGAACCGGGCGGUGGGGGUGGCGGUUGGGGAGGGUACGCCCUCACGGCGGCCGGUCCUUAUCAGAGCGAGUUCUGUGCCUCCAACUACGGAGUGCUACAUCAGCGGCAACCGUACGGUGGUCCACACGGUCCCGGCAAGCUGGGACCGCACGGAGGGCUAAAGAGCGCCAAGGAGGCCCGGAUCCGGCGGCCCAUGAACGCGUUCAUGGUGUGGGCCAAGGUCGAGCGGAAAAAGCUGGCAGACGAGAAUCCCGAUCUGCACAAUGCCGAUCUCAGCAAAAUGCUAGGUAAAAAAUGGCGCUCUCUAACGCCCCAGGAUCGUCGUCCGUACGUUGAGGAAGCGGAACGGCUACGCGUGAUCCACAUGACCGAGCACCCGAACUACAAGUACCGUCCACGGCGCCGGAAGCACGCGAAAGCCCGGGCCGGACCCGGCACCGGACCAACGGCAGGCUCGCUCGGCACGGGUCCCACGGCAAACAGUCAAGGUUCGGCAGCGGGUGCGAACCUCACGGUCAACAAUUCGUCCCCGAGCGAACUGAACUACGGUGACGGUGACUCGUCCCAGCGCAUGAGCCCAUUCACGUACAACCCGCACUACUAUGCCGGCAGCAACAACGCACUCAACACACCGGAUUCCAGCCCAACCCAGAGCCCGGAACCGAUCGCUGUCCCACCGACCGUCGGUAGUCGCAAACUGGCGGCAGCAGCAGCGGCGGCAGCAGCUGCUAAUGGAGGCGUGUCGACGAACGGAGACGCGGCAAAGAUGGAGGACGUAUCGUCCGCACUGCCAACCCCUGAGAUGAGUCCUUUGGAGUUGGAGAAGGAACCAGGCUUUGGGGGAGGCUUACAUUCCGCGCACGCCGGCAGUUACGAUGACCUGAAGAGCAAGCAGAAGCUCACUUACGAUGGCGUGUACGGGGUGAAGAGUGAGCAGAAGUUGCCGGCCACCUUCCCCUCGCAUGCGUACGAUCAUGAGACGCAUCAUUCACAUCAGCAGCAGCAGCAGCAGCAGCAGCAACAGCAGCAGCAACAUCACCAGAAUUCCCAUCAACAUCACCAGCAGGAUGGUUUGGUGAAGCGCGAGUACGGAGGAUUCGGUCUCGGCGGUGAUAAGCGGUACGCGUACGAAGGUCAGCUAGUGAAUGGUGGAGGACUGCACGAGAAGCGCAACUACCUAUCGGUAAGUUCCGGCUCGACAACAACCACCGCCAUGGUGAACGGGAUGUACGUGAUGUGCACGAACCGGAGCAUCCUGGAUCAGGGUCACAUUGUGACCGGUACGUACUUCCCACCGUUGGCCACCUCCGAGGAUCAUCAGACACUCGGCACAACCACCAUGACGACGAGCAGCCAUGGUCCGCAUCUCAGUACAAACAAUCACAGCAGUGGAAACAGCAAUAACGGCACGGGAGCUCAGGGUCAGAUUAAAAACUCCAACGGGUUGCUCGGUGCCGGAGUGUCCACCGCCAACACACAGAUGUCCCAGAUAAGCAACAGCAAUGCGCAGCAACAGCAUCUUCAGCAGCAGCAACAGCAACAGCAGCAGCAGGAUCAACUCAAUAGCUACUACGGGACGGCAUCGCUACCGAACGGAACACUGCCGACGUACUCGUACGCCUACAAAGACUAUGGAAUUAUGUACGAAACGCACGGGCUGCCCGGCCAGGAUGUGGAUGGGGUCGAUGCGCGCGAUCUCGACAAGUAUCUGAAGUAUCCGGACAGCAAUCACAACUUCAACGGGUAUGAUAGUGCGUCCUAUCAUCAGUCGGCAGCGUCCUCGCCUGCCGGUGGCUCCAUCUAUGGAAUAUCGCAGGGCGAGUACUACAGCUAUGGAGGUACGGUACUUGCGCAUCAGUCUCCCCAACAUCAGACCCAGCAUCAGCAGCAACAGCAGCAACAACACCAACAACAACAGCAACAUCAACAACACCAACAGUCUCAUCAGCUAUCACUAUCGGCGAAUGGAGGACAGGGAAUCCCUAAGCUGUCGGACGUGAUGCUACAGGGCGGAGGUCCUCCCGGAUCGCAUCCCCAACAUCCAUCCACUCCGGUAGCGUUGUACGCGCUUCCCCAACUUCAGCACGCGCAACAUCUUGCCGCAGCCGCCGGUAAUGGCGGACAGGUGGUGUCCGUCCAGCACGGCGUCCAUCCGCUCGGCCCAAACGGCGGAACUAUGGCGGACAUCUACGUUGCGAACGAGCAGCAGCUUAAAGACGACGAGUUUAGCAACAUUCUGGCCGGUGUGCGUAAGACCUGCUACAGCAACUAGCGGGUCGCACCUGUGUAUGAACUCCGUGGAAAUACUCAGCUUUGUAGAUAGCGAUCCUUCUUCCAAAAAACAGGUAGCAGUAGUUGCUUCAUUUCAGUCUCUGCCUGUGACUUACAACCUUCAACACAUUCAAAUGCACAUCACUCUUCACUCGUUACGGUACUGCAAUAAUUAUAUUGGCUUAGGUUAAGGUGUGUUUGUUUGCUCUUGUAAAUGGAGGUAGGAGUAGUGGUAGCAGUAGUCGACUCAUCAACACCACGAGGCACACAUUCGUUGGCACCCACCGAUAGCUUCAUCGGAAUCAUCCGAUGAUCACUGUUUAGCUUGUGGGAUAAUGAGUUGAACCAAAGGUUUUCUGCUGACCAUCGCAACAGCCGGUGCGAGCACCAACGUUGCUAAGGGUAACGUGUAAUGUAAUUAGUGGAGUGAAGCUGUAGUAGUAGUAGUAGUGGCAGACAUAUCGUAGGUAGUUGUGUAAGUCAUCACUUUUCACUCGUAUUUCAAGACCACACAGGCACGCGCGGUUUGUUUCAUUCCAGUUUUCGGUAUUUUUAAAUGUUUGACAUUUGUGCAUAGAGUUUUGUUGUGCUUUUUGAACGUUUCUUCGGGAAACUAUUUCUGUACAGAAGAAGAAGAAAAAAAGGAAAGAAGAGCAAAAAUGUUGUAGAAAAUUGCACAAAAAAUAUAGUAAAACGCGUUAAAAGAAUAGAAAAUCAGGUAGAAAAAAGCAAACAGCAAAAAAAAGAAGAAAAUGCGAGAAAGAAAACCGUAUGCGUAUCGACACGCAUUCCACGCAAUAGAAUAAUGAUUAGCUGGUAGAUUAGUUCGGAAGAAACACGAAGAAAACAUGAUUAUAGGUUAAUUACUCGUUAGCAAAGAUUAGAGACCGCGAUAGGAACGGAAGCAGGAACCCGAGGCCGAACGGUGAGCGGGAUGCGGCACGGGUCGGGAAAUUCGAAAAUGCGCCAUCUUUUUCGGCGGGGGGUGGGUGGGAAAAACCGAAACCCACGUAAAUCAAAGUACGCCGUAUCGCUCGAUGAAUCAUUUAUGUUCGGGAUCAUUAAAUUGAAAUCACAUCAAAGUCACCUGUGGCGUGGUUUCCGUUUCUGUGGUCGAAAAAUAUAAUUGAGGAAGAAAGAGGUGUCAUUAUUUCCGGAUUUCGGUUGCGAGGGGCCGGCUAUGGGGACCGGUCACUCGCGUUAUGUCACGUUGGUCGGGGGGAAAAAAACAAGAAAACGCGGGUUUCCACACAAUUCGAAGCAUUCCCCUUUUAAGUUAAUGAUGAAAUGAGAAAUAAAUUAAAAGCAAUGAUAGAUGUUCAACCAAGAUA